AUUUUCAUGCGUUAUGGUCGCCAGCGAUGGAAACUGAAAGGCAAAAUAGAAGUGAAUGGCAAGCAAAGCUGGGAUGGAGAAGAAAUGGUUUUCCUCCCUCUCAUUGUUGGACUGAUCUCCAUUAAGGUCACAGAAGUUAAAGGACUUGCGACACACAUCCUUGUGGGAAGUGUUACCUGUGAGACAAAAGACCUAUUUGCAGCUCGGCCUCAGGUGGUUGCAGUGGACAUUAACGACCUUGGCACAAUAAAGCUGAACCUUGAAAUCACCUGGUACCCCUUCGAUGUUGAAGACUUGACCCCGUCCGCAGGAAACGUGAGCAAAGCAUCUGCUCUCCAGAGGAGAAUGUCCAUGUACAGCCAAGGCACUCCAGAAACGCCAACCUUCAAGGACCACUCAUUCUUUAAAUGGCUGCAUCCCCUGCAAGACAGGCCAAAGUUGACAAUCUUAGAUGCUCUGCAAGACACUUUCUUUGACAAGCUUCGUCGCAGUCGCUCUUUUAGUGACCUUCCAUCGCUCAGGCUAAGCCCAAAAGCAGGGCUAGAGCUAUAUUCAAAUUUGCCAGAUGAUGUCUUUGAAAAUGGAACAGCAACCACCGAGAAGCGACCUCUUUCUUUCACUUUUGGCGACUUGCCUUAUGAAGACCGCGUGUCCCCUGCCAAUGCAGCAGAAUCCUCUUCUGCUCACGUCAGCUCCAGCCCUGACAUCACUGCGACCCCCACCCAACACCGAGCUCUCAAGUCCUCCAAGAGCUCAAGCCUGGACUGUAGCAGCAGUGAGUCCCGCAGAGACUGUGUCGCUGAGACGAAGGACCUGCCAUCAUCCCAGGGAGAGAGAGCAGUGGCUGAGAAGAAGGCCACCCCAAGGGCAGCUCCUGAAGUUUGCCAAAAAACCUCCGACGCUGGGAGCGAUUGUGUCUUUAUAGAGACAAGUGUCCCGGUGUCUCUCCUGCAGGACACGGAUGAAGGUUCAGAGCUCAAGCCUGUGGAGCUGGAUACCUAUGAGGGCAACAUCACGAAGCAGCUGGUAAAAAGGCUUACGUCAGCAGACACACCCAUGACCCCAGAGAGGCUGCCGUGUGAGGGAUCGAUUAGUGGGGAGUCAGAAGGAUAUAAGUCUUAUCUCGAUGGAAGCAUUGAAGAAGCCUUGCAAGGGCUUCUCUUAGCUCUUGAGCCACAUAAAGAGCAGUAUAAAGAGUUUCAGGACCUGGACCAAGAAGUAAUGCAUCUGGAUGACAUCCUAAAAUGCAAGCCAGCAGUAAGCCGAAGCAGGUCCUCCAGUUUAAGUCUAACAGUUGAAAGUGCUUUAGAAAGCUUUGAUUUCCUGAACACCUCUGACUUUGAUGAUGAGGAUGGUGGUGGUGUGGAGGUUUGUAAUGGUGGAGGAGGUGCAGACUCAGUAUUUUCAGAUACUGAGAUUGAGAAGAAUAGUUACAGGACGGAGCACCCAGAAGCCAGAGGCCACCUGAGUGAAGCUCUCACCGAGGACACGGGCGUGGGCACCAGCGUGGCCGGCAGCCCUCUGCCCCUGACCACAGGGAACGACAGCCUCGAUAUAACCAUAGUUAAGCACUUCCAGUAUUGCACGCAGCUCAUUCAGCAAAUUGUGUUCUCCAGUAAAACACCAUUCGUGGCAAGAGACCUUCUGGAUAAGCUAGCCAGGCAGAUUGUUGUGAUGGAGAAUAUUGCAGAGAUCAGCACUGAGAACUUGGGAAACAUCACCUCCCUUACUGAUGCAAUUCCAGAGUUCCACAAGAAGCUGUCGCUGCUGGCAUUCUGGACAAAGUGUACUGGCCCUUCAGGAGUGUAUCACACAUCUGCAGACAAGAUGAUGAAGCAGCUGGAUAUCAAUUUUGCCACCACUGUGAAUGAGGAGUGCCCAGGACUUGCAGAAACAGUCUUCAGGAUCCUGGUGUCUCAGAUCCUGGACCGGACGGAGCCCGUCCUCUACUCCAGCAUGUCCUCCGAGAUCAUCACCGUCUUUCAGUAUUACAACUAUUUUGCCAGCCACAGUGUUAAUGACCUUGGAAGCUAUUUGCUGCAGCUCGCAAAAGAAGCCUCUGUGGUUCAGGUGCUGCAGUCAGUGAAAGAUGGAAAACUGCAGCAAAAUGUGGCCAAAAUAAACGCCAAUAACCUCCCACCACAGCAAGAAGUUUUGAGAGCUUUGGCUUUACUUCUCAAUGAAAAUAAAAAUGAAGUCAGUGAGACUGUGGCAUCACUUCUGACAGCUACCGCAGAAAACAGGCACUUCAGGGAGAAGGCCUUGAUCUAUUACUGUGAAGCACUAACCCAGCCCAACCUCCAGCUGCAGAAAGCAGCUUGUUUGGCUCUAAGAUACCUCAAGGCUGCUGAGAGCAUUAAAAUGCUGGUCACACUCUGCCAGUCUGACAAUGAAGAAAUCAGAAAAGUGGCGUCUGAAACCCUGCUCUCAUUUGGUGAAGAUGGGAGACUGGCAUACGAACAGCUGGACAAAUUCCCCCGGGAAUUUGUUAAAGUUGGAAGCCGCCGUGGAACUGAAGCUGCGACAGCUUUUUAGGUGGAAAAGAACCUGCCUGCAUUUAACAGUCGUUAAAGUAGGAUGGAGCUGCACUUCAGGGAGGGGAGCAGAAGGAAGGCUUUUGAAGAAUUCUAUGAGAAUGUCCCAAAAUGUAGCAAUUUACAGACUUCUUAAGGAAAAGCAAAAUCUAAAAUCCAGAACCAAGAGUUCCUAUCGGCACCUCUUUGCAGCUCAUGAUGGAACAGUCGGACGCUGAGGAACAAGACUUUGAUUUGUAACAAAUAAUGUAAUUGCAGUUAUUCAACCUCAAGAAACUUCUGUGAGUUUUUAGAAUUUGGCAUCUUCGUAUAUUUUACCAAGUAUUACAUUUACUUCCUUGAAGUUG